GACGAUUCCGCGCCUCCGCAAAGGAUUGUGGUAGACAAGAAAGACACAACGCGUUGCCGGAAGAUUCUUCGUCAGUUUUGGGUGCUUUUCACAAGAAAAAUGCCGAUUUUAGAGAAGAGGAAAGCCCAGGAGAUGGCCCUGGUGGCCUCCAAGAGACAGAGGAACGAGCUGGUGGCCGUGGCUUCUCAGGAGAGGCAGCUUUUACAAGCGGUGAGUGUUUUUUAUUGUUUUGUAUUUUUGUCACCAGUCCUGUGGAAUGUGUACGGAGACUGUGAGAACUACGCUGUGCUGAACGGGCACUCUGGAGCCAUCAUGGAGCUGCAGUUCUCAACAGACGGCAGCACACUUUUCUCUGCCUCCACGGACAAAACGGUGGGCCUGUUUGACGUGGAGACCGGAGCGCGGAUCAAGCGGCUGAAGGGACACUCCACAUUCGUCAACUCCUGCCACCCGUCGCGCCGCGGGCCACAGAUGGUCGUGAGUGGGAGUGAUGACAGUACCAUCAGGCUGUGGGACACCAGAAAGAAGGGAUCGGCACAAACCUUCCAGAACACGUACCAGGUCACAUCCGUGUCGUUUAAUGACACAAGCGACCAGAUCCUGUCUGGUGGCAUCGACAACGAUAUCAAGUGUUGGGACCUGAGGAAGAAUGACGUUAUCUACAAGAUGCGGGGCCACAUGGACACGGUCACGGGCCUGAGUCUGAGCAAGGACGGGUCCUACCUCCUGUCUUGUGCCAUGGAUAAUACAGUUCGUAUCUGGGAUGUGAGACCGUUUGCUCCACAGGAGAGAUGUGUGAAGAUAUUCCAGGGAAACCAGCACAGCUUUGAAAAGAACCUUAUCCGGUGUAAUUGGUCUCCAGACGGCAGUAAGAUCACAGCGGGCUCGGCCGACCGUUUCGUGUACGUGUGGGACACCACAACGCGCCGCAUCCUGUACAAACUUCCCGGGCAUGAUGGGUCCAUCAACGAGGUCGACUUCCACCCCUACGAACCCAUUGUGCUGUCAGCUUCCAGUGACAAGAAGAUUUACUUGGGGGAGAUCCAGUGAUGCCAGGGGGCGGUCUACCACUUAGGGGGGAUCCACUAAUGUCUGCACAUUGCUUUUAUACAUUGUAGAUUGAGCAGCAAAUAUAGUACAGUUUGUCCAAAAAACAUUUGAUACUAUCCCCUCCUAGUAAGCAGUAAGCUAUAGAAAAGCCCUUGAUCAAAAUUGCAUGUACAUAUGUUAACUCUUCACCAUUAAAUUGGCUCUUCAAAAAUGUCCCUUGAAUGACUACUGUAAAAACAUUGUUUCUACUUCUACUGUGAAAUAAAGCUACUGUGCAAGUAAAAUAGUUUACAGUAGUCUUGUGACAGGCACCAGGAUAGUGCGCUUUGGGCACCUGUGUUCUAUUUUAGCUUAGUUUAUAAUUUUGUAAAUACACCAUAUAUUGGUAGUGUAGUAUUUUGAAUUUUGGUCAUAGAAGUACAAGUCUUUUUUAAUAUGGACAAGAAUGUACAUGUACGUUUUAUUCGCAACAGGAGCAAAUGUCUGAAACAUCUGAAAAUGGAAUUUCAAAAUAGUUUUGUCAAUUAAAUAAGUCACCUUCAAG